AUGGAUGCAAAAUCUGCAAUAAUUCAUGCGACCUUUGUGUCGUUCCCGAUCCUACGCCGUUCCCGAUCCUACGCCGUUCCCGAUCCUACGCCGUUCCCGAUCCUACGCCGUUCUAGAUCCUGCGCCCUUACAAAGUCUGCAUGGCUACAAAAUCUGCAUGGUUGCAAACUCUACAUCACUGCAAGUUCAGCAAUCCAAACAACCUACGACAUGGAAUCUUGGCGACUGCUGUCUGUUGCUACGCUCGAAAUUCACGAAGAGAGCCGACCCGGUACCAUGUCCAUUGCCCUGUGUGUCAAGAAACGCGAUUUCGAUACGCUACGCCUUGAUGGCGAAGACUCUCUACGGGAAGAUCGUGAUGAGGUGAUCAAAGUCCUGGCCACGCGUGCUGUUCAGCGAUUUGGCAAGGAUCCUGUGCGAUCGGAUCCCCUAUUAAGGAGCCUAGCUAGAAUGGCACUUCCGCUGCGACCGAUGCAUCGUUGUCGCGUCCUACUUGAAGCGGCACUAUACUACGCCCAGCGUCUCACAGGCGAAACAGAAGAGGAAGAAUGGCAGAAACUUUGCAGCGUACAGCUGGCUACAUUUCAGUCAUCCGAUGCGAUUCCCCGCGCUGAACCGCGCAAAAGGAGACGCGAAGAGGAUUUCGCAUCUCGUGAGCGGUCGAAGAAAAGACGAGGAGAAAUUGCCCAACCCUUAGCUGCAAAAAUGCCGGAUGUCCAGGCGAUCCCUAAUUUCAUCGGCACGUUUCUCUUCGUUGGACUCACGAGAUCCAGUGUACGGCAAAAGGAUAUAAAUGUUGCGAUGACUGCAGCAUUCGAGAUGCAUUUUGCUCCACAAGCAUUUCAAGACUUUACCCUGCUGUUAACUAUCGACAAGGACACCGGCGAAAUUCUGCGGGAGGCGUUAUCGUGGCCACUCGAUAAGUUGGAGAUCUACUUGGGCAGGUGGCUGACUGACGCUGUGAGGGCUGCGGCAGAUAGUGACGUCCGGUUUCUCUACCCACACGAUAACAAUGAAGACAUGAUACUUGAACUAGGAUUAGGCUUUCAGCAUGGAAGAGAGAUGAGCCAUGCAGUUUUUCCGAUGCGGUAGAAAGUACGCAAGAUCGCUGCUAAGUCUUCUUACAAAAAGAGACGUUUUCAAGUACCACUUGCUCGCCCGCUUUAACUACAACAUCUCCAUUCGCAGUUGUGUUGUUCAACGUGUCCAAUGAUUCACCCCCUUUACGGAUCCUGACGUUCUCAUUGCCCUUCCAGUAUAGCUUAUAGGACUCCUUCUGCGCCAAGAUGGUAUGGUAGCUUGUGAAGGUGUAGUCCUCCUCCUUAGGCUCAGUCUAUAUUAUGACUUAGUUAGCAAGCCGUGUAAUCGUGUGACUGCGGUCGCGGCGGGACAGACCUCGUUCAUCAUUCCUAAUCACCUCAAGGACGGAUGUAGUUGAUCGUGUCGAUAAACAAAGACGCAGGUUGCUGAGAUGGCAGGUGAUGUAUCUUGCGCCCGUCCAAAGCCGUUGUUUUAUGGGCCCGUCUCGUAAGGCUUGCGGGUGUAC